AGGGACAGUGUUCAGUUAGUUUAAACUCUUCCAUAAGCAUGUUGCCUAGUUUCACUGUAAAAUGAUUAAUUCUGUCCUCUAUACUGAUGUAAAGUAUGCCAAAUGGAAAUAGAAUUCUGCAAGUCUAGUGUUCGCAUAUUUGGAGAACUAAAAUAAAUUAAAAUAUUUUCAGGGGAAUAACUUGUAUGAAAAUACCAUGGACAACUAAGGCACUUGUGGCUACCUUUGAAAAUCCAGUUAAUUAUUUACAAAAGUAAUGCUUUAGGUAGUUUUCACAGGUGGUGGAAGCUGUUGAUGGAGAAAAUAAUGAAGAUGAGAUUUAAAAGCUGUUUUUUCUUCCUAAUUAUGAUGUAUUCAGGCAAACUCUCCGCAGAAGAUCAACGUUGUGAUUUGCCACACAUAGAAAAUGGAGAGAUUGCCCAGUACUACUAUAAUUUCAGAAGUUACUAUUUCCCUAUGCGUAAGGAAAAGAAACUUUCCUAUUCGUGUCUGGUUGGUUAUACGACUGAGAUGGGGACUCAAGAUGGAAGAAUAACAUGUACAGCAAAAGGGUGGUUUCCAGUGCCACGAUGCUACAAAAAGUGCACCAAGCCUUUUUUAGAAAACGGCUUUUUUUACGGUACAGAAACGUACUUCAAAAUACAUGAGAAACUGCAAUACAAAUGUAAUCCAGGCUACCACCCUCCAGGGGGUGGUACUGAAGAUACAGUACAAUGUCAGCCAGAAGGAUGGUCCUCCCAGCCAAGCUGUACUAAAAAAAUCGAGUCGUGUCAAGUACCCAAUUUGUAUCAUGGCAGCUACUUCACAGCCCAACUAGAGCUUCGACUGAAUGAAACACUGCAAUACAAAUGUGAUGAGGGAUAUUAUACUGCAGGAGGAAACACUACAGAAGAAGCAGUGUGUUUAACACAUGGGUGGUCCCUUCCUCCAAGCUGCACUAAAAUAACUUGCUCCUCUUUGAGUGCAAUAACACAUGGAGGUUUCUAUCCCAUGAAGAAAAUCUAUGAAGAGGGGGAUGUAGUUCACUUCUUCUGUGAGAAAAAUUAUUCUAUCAGUGAAUUUGACCUAAUUCAAUGUUAUAAUUUUGGAUGGCAUCCAGACCCUCCAGUGUGUGAAGGUGUAAAGAAUAAAUGUCCCCCACCACCACUUCCUCCUCAUGCCCGUAUCGUCACACAUAGAAGAACAUAUCGUAAUGGAGACAGUGUUCUUAUACAGUGUCAAAGUACUUUUGAAAUAAAAGGACCAGAGGAAAUCCACUGUGUCAAAGGAAAAUGGACAUCACCCCCUGUUUGUAUAGGAACUAUGGAUAAAUGGGAAUCUGAGGCACCACCAUCACUCAAGGGAGAUGGAGCAAUAAAGGCAAGCAACACAUAUGGCAAGGAAGAUACAGUAGAAACGCAGCAAGACUGCACCUCUCCACCUUUGAUUAAAAAUGGUCUUCUUCUUGGUCCAUUCCUGACAAGUUACAAAAAGGGUUCCUCAGUAGAAUAUGGAUGUCAGCAUUACUAUUUUUUGGAUGGACCUAGCACUGUUUACUGUGAAGAAGGGAACUGGACAGAACAACCAACUUGCUUAGAGCCAUGCACUCUUAAUGUAACUGAUAUGAACAGCAACAACAUAGAGUUGAAAUGGAGUCAGGAAGAAUUGACUUUCCGACAUGGUGAUCUCAUAGAAUUUGAAUGUAAACCAGGAUACAGUUUUCUUGAGGCUCCCACUCUGUCUCCUGGGAGGACACAGUGUAACCAGGGCAGACUGAAAUAUCCAAAGUGCAUUAUGCCAGCUCCUGCAGCAAAAUGUGACUCUCCACCUUUGAUUGCGAAUGGAGCUCUUAUUCUCCCACCCCUGACCCGGUAUGAGAGUGGUUCUUCAGUUCAGUAUAAUUGCACUGACUAUCAUUUUUUGCAAGGAUCUGAGAGAAUCUACUGUUCUGAAGGACGGUGGACUUCACCACCAGUUUGUAUAGAGCCAUGUACUUUGUCAAAAAAAGAAAUGGAGAAAAAUAAUGUACUGCUGCAAAGGAUCUAUGAGAAUCAACUUUAUUUUUACCAUGGGGAUUAUGUUGGAUUUUACUGUAAAGAGAACCAUUUUGGAGCAGAAUCUGGUACAACUUUAUUUCAAGUGCAGUGUAAGAGAGGACAGCUGGCGUAUCCAAGAUGUGUUGAAAGAGGAAGCUAAGUAUGGACUUAAGGAAAGCCUACAGGAACAGGUAUGUACAUGUUUAUCUGGCAUUAACAGCUGAAUUAAGAUGGCCUCAGAUUUUUCAAGACUACUGCAGUCAGGUUUGAGAAAUGAGUGUUUAGUGAAAGUGCUUUGUGUUAUGAGGACUGGGAAUGCAGCAGCAGAAUGCAAUAUUGGCAUAUGCAUGGAAAAUUUAAGGUGGAGGUCUGUAAGGCUUACAGUGAUUAACUUGAGGAAGCAUCACAAUCUUGAAAAAAGAGCCGUGAUGUGGCUUCAAUGUGAACUGUCCAUGGCAUUUCCUUGGCCUGUAUGGAUAGUGUCAGGACAGCUGAAGCUCACCUAGAGUGGAAAUCAAGGGUCACAAUAACAUAUUCUGUUACUGCAGCAGCACUAAAACAAUGAAAAACAAAAAUGUGAUCUGUCACUGAAGGGGGUAGGUGAUUUAGUGACAGCAGCCUCACAUGAAGCUGAAGUACUCAAUGCAUUCUUUGCCUCAAUGUUCAUCAAAAGCAUGCUGUCUUCAUUUCUGUCAUCCUCCCUAUCCUGUCCAGUGCUCACAAACAUCCAGCAUUAAAUGUACAUCCAGAGGAAGUGCAGGGGAGCUUAAGAAUCUUGGAGAAAGCUGGCCAUGCUCCCUGAGAGCUACUGCAGCUGUCUUGCUGUGGCACUGCCCUCAGCAGUGCUGGGGAUUGCAGUGCUGGGAAAGCACCCUUGGGCCCCACAGUAAGCAAAAGCAUUUGCAGACUUUGACACUUGUUUUAGCUCAGUUUCAUUUCUCUUUGUAUCUAAUGAGGAUGCAUGUCAACUCAGCAGAGACAAAAAAAAAAAGGCUAUUUACGUUUUUGCUUCUUCUGUUGAAACAGAAUUAAGGAUUAGAUUAUCAAAUAAUAAUCCAUGCCAUUCUUGUCUCAAUAUUUUUAGUUUAGUGCAUAAUAGAAUUCAUGCCUUCUUAGGAAUACAGGCAAAAUAUAACAACUUUUUAUUAAAUCUGUUAAUAAAUGAAGGAAGCAUGAGUUUCAAUGAUGCAAUGAAAUAUUAAUGACUUUAUUAAAAUACAGUAUGGUUUUAUUAACACAUUAAUUAUUUUCAAUAAGGAAAAAAAACACCAUGUUAUUCAUGUGAAGCAAUGAACAGUUUGUGAAGCUCGUUCUCUCUUGGCAUGCUUGCUCAGUAAAAACAGAGAUCAUGGGACAGAGCUGCUUUUCACAUAAAAUUAGAUACCUUUUUCCAUGGUGGUUUGUUGGGGCUUGCAAUUAAAAGGCAUUUGGUCUUAAAAAUAGAAGUAACUUUUUUGUAUCUUUCUAGUUCUAUUUUAUUUGUAUUUCUUUUUUGUAUCUUGUUUUAUAGAAUACACAUCCUCAACAACCUAAUAGGUCUCUUUGGUAGACCAGCAUUCUAUCUGACAAUAUUAUUCUCCUUAAUUUCACAGAAAUACUGAUAUCCAAAUUCCACUGUAUAUUCUUUCAAAGGGAAGAUAGUGGUAUUUCCAUUAUCAGAAGAAGGUGGCAAUACCCAUUUCCCAGAUGGUGGAAGUACAUUCUCAAGAAAAUCACCAUCACUCAGGUCAUCCCAACUGUAUACCCAAAUAGUGACUGUCAAUAAUGAAAUUUGUUGAAGUACUGGUUUGAGUGACUUAAAGCAUCACUAAAACAAUUGUAGAGGUUUGUAUUCAUGUUCUGGAUACUUAUUUUUUAAAUGUCUUGCUAGCAUUAUCUAAUAUCUUAAGGCACAAUGUAUUAAGGGCAAAGUUCAUCAUUAACAAUAGCAGAUUUAAAUUUGUAUUUCAAAUAGUCUUCACCAUUUCUAAUUUUUGUUUAUACACUUCUUUUCAAUUGCAAUUAGAGAGACGUUGUUUGUAUCUCAGGGUGGCUGAUAAAGAGGUCAUACUAGGAGCACAA